AUGGAAGGCACCGAGGACGAUGAGGAUCUGAAAUUGAUCCAGGCCUCCGUAGGUCUGCUGUCUGACCUGCAAGGUGCCCUCCCGAAGAUCUUGUGGCGAUCGAACGCAGCUGGCGGCGAAUAUGAACCUGUUCAUGCACAAGUCAGGCAGCGAGAUCUUGGUUAUGCCAUCAGUCAGAUUGAGCCAUUCCAGGGUGAACCCCAGCUGCUUGAUACACGACUGAAGCACAUUGUGCCUCCAAUUGUAGCUGCCCAUCUUGCAUACUUGCAGACCCACGACGGCCCUCGGCCGAAGCAGCAUCUACCAUUGGAUCAAGCAGUGUGCACUCUCUUGUACACCCUAUGUAAGGUCCGAGGCUACAAGGUCAUCGUGGGCUUCUUCAACAACGAAGCACGCUACCUCGAGUCAAUACUAGCCGCGCUCGAACGCAAUGUGGCCAGCAAGCAGGACAGCGAGAGGCAGAGCCCUUGGCAAGUAGACUAUAUCCUCAUGCUCUGGCUCUCUCAUCUGCUCCUCACGCCAUUUGAUCUCGCAACCAUUUCUGACAAGAACUCGCCAAAUGCGUCAACUCCAAGCUUACAACUUCUUGCGAAGCUUCCACCAUUAGCAACACGAUGUCUGCAGGUCGGCAUGCAUUUCUUGUCAAGCUCUACAAAGGCUCAGGAUGCGGCAGCAGCAAUGCUUGUGCGUCUAGCUAUUCGACCUGAUAUGCAGAAGCUUCAGCUUGGAGAGCCUCUAGUCGAGCAUGCUCUCCGCUCUUUACGGCAAGAUGAUCAGGCUACGCAAGUCACUAUCUAUCAUCGGCUAGGCCCUCUCCACUUUCUGGCUGGCAUAGCUACAUCCGCAGACUUGUCGGACUUCAUACCUCAUAUGUACAAAACAUGCUUACAGUUGGUUGAUGUCGAGGACAGCGCACUCGCCUCGAACGCAGUUGCGAAGAAGCUGACUGUCAAGAUAUUCCGCAACAUCGUUUUGCUGUCUUUGCGAUCAGCAUCCACAGGUGGUGCUUUGCUGAGCUUUCUGGACUCUUUUAGCGUACUAGAAGAUGUCAUUGACUAUCUGCUCCGCUCGCUCGGUGAUCGAGAUACACCCGUAAGAUAUGCUGCCGCGAAAGCAAUGAGCUUGAUCAUCCAGGAGCUUGACUCUGGUAUGGGACACGAGGUGAUACAGGCUAUCCUGGAUAUGUUCAAGCAAGACUUACCACGCCAUACCGACAAGUUGGACUUUCGUGCUGCUGAUCCGCUGAAGUGGCAUGGUCUCACUCUCGCACUCGCCCAUACAUUGUUCAAGCGGACUGCAUCGCCCGAGCAGUUGCCGGAAAUUGUCAAUGCUCUUGUUGCAGCAUUGCAGUUUGAGCAACGGACAGCUACCGGCAGCAGUCUUGGCACGAAUGUACGUGAUGCAGCCAACUUCGGGAUCUGGUCUCUGUCAAGGCGAUAUACGACAGAUGAGCUACUGGCAGUAUCUACCAAAGAGCUGCACUUUGGCAUCGAUCAAACCUCGGUCAUCCAGGCUGUCGCAAUACAGCUCAUCUUAUCAGCCUGCCUAGACCCAGCAGGCAAUAUUAGGCGCGGGUCUUCCGCAGCAUUACAGGAGCUUACAGGACGUCACCCAAACAAAGUCUACGAGGGUAUAUCACUUGUGCAGAUCGUGGACUAUCAGGCUGUUGGCUUGCGGAAGAGGGGUAUGGUGCAUGUUGCUGCCAGAGCAGCUGAGAUGCACGGCAUGUACUGGACGGCUCUUGUUGGUGGGGUGCUGGGCUGGCGUGGCAUUGGGUCACCAGAUGUUCUUUCGAGACAUGCAGCGGCGGCCUCACUUACGGCCUUAAGUCGUCUGACCAGCGCAAGCACGCCGGACGCUGUCGCAAAGCAGAUCAUAAUCCGCUAUGAUGACACCAUCAAUGGCGACGUGGAAACUCUCCAUGGUCUUGUGCUUGCGUUGGCCGGCAUUGUACGAGCCGAUUCUCGUGUCGACAAUCAGCAGAUGUGGGCCACGGUCGAACGUCUUCCCACCUUACUUGCCAGCUUCUCUGCUCGAACCAUCCAGUCAGAGCUGCCUGCUGCCGCUGCUCAGCUCACUGCAGCAUUGUGCUCAUUAGCCAGGAAGUCAUCGAGUGCGCAGCUCUCUGUACCCUUCGAGACCCUGGAAACCAUGACGGAGCGGUUACUGGCUCGACAAGAAGACGCAAUCUUGCAUCAGAUACCGGACCUGGCGCGAGCACUACUCGCUCUGGAACGGCAAAGUGAGCACGCACCAGGCUGUAUGAGUGCACAGAUGCUUUGCAAGAAAGUCGCCGCUGAUUCUGUGAAGAGCACACUAGGAGGCGCAGGACGUGCCAUUGCGCUUGGCGCAUUGGCACCAAUGUACGAUCGUGGUUUGCAAGGCGACAAGGCAUCACUAGCUAUAGACACACUAGCGGCCCUCGCGAAUGCACCAAGUGUGGACUGGCGAGUCGUCGGUAGCAAAGCAUUACAGCUGGCCAUCGAAGGUGCUGCAGAAGCUCACGUCGACUGGAGUAUUAUGCAGACUAUUACGCGGGCCAUACACGUCAGCAUGAACGACUACACAGUCGACGAGCGGGGAGACGUUGGAUCGCUGGUCAGAACACAGGCCAUCGUAUGUGCCUCUGAUGUGCUCCCCUUUAUCACACAAACUGAGCACCUCGAUCACCGGGACUUGCUACACGCGGACGUGGCUCGUUUGUCAAUGGAAAAGCUAGAUCGUGUACGCUUGCAGGCUGCGCAGUGCCGAGCACUGUAUCUCGACUUUGGCGUCAGAGCGGACGAUUUGACCAGCGUGUCGAAGUACGGAUACUUCUACAAUGCGCUCACUCCCUUGCGCGAACAUCGAAGGUUCUCGGCGCUGCAGACUGCGGUACUGGAAGGUGCUAUGUCCUCUGCGGGCACGGGCGCUGAACCAUUGCUUGUUGCAUCUCGAGCUGCGCUUUGCGAUAGCCUGACGGCGGUAGACGACAGCACAUUGCAAACCCAUAUGUCCACGUUCGCCGAAUUACUGAAGGACCUGGGCAUCAACGGCGGCAAUACGCACCCAGCACUAAGUCUCCUUGCCUUCUUACUCGAUAUGCAGAUACCUCAGCGACUUCUAGAAUCCGGCUAUAAAUGGCGGAAUCUGCUCUCCAACGUGCAGAAAUCUCAUCACAAGUCGAACGAUAUCCCAAGGAUCUUGGCUGCUGUAAAUGUGUACAGAGGACUCGCGGAAAUCCCCACCAUCAGAGACGAAGUGGCGAAAAAAUUGAUUAGCAUGCUGAGGACGAAUCCCUAUCCUCGGGUGCGCGUCAGCGUCGCUGAGACGCUAUUCUUCAUUACGGGUGAUGCAUCGUUAAAGGACAGGGACUGGUCUGAAUCACCAGCUCAGAACGCGGAUGUCGUUGUGGCUCUUCAAGAAAGAGUAAUAACAGUGAGAUAG